CACCCACUAUUGAUUUGACAGAUAAGUUUGAAGUUUCUGAUUCCUGAUAUAACCUCUUUCCAUGAAAUUUUGUUUCGAAUAUUAGACCGAAAUAUAAAUUAUUUUAAAUAAUAAUGGCUUCAUUAAAAGUUUAUUCAGUGGGAAGACUAGCAAAAUAUGCUAUAGACUCGUCAUUACGAACCCUCCGGAGUAAUGUUUACAGAGUAUCACCCUCAGUUCGCACAUAUAGCACAGAAGAGAAGGCAAAAGAGGCAGAUUCAAAUGGUGAUAAAAACCUACCAAGCACUAUAGAGGAAUGCCACAAACAGAUUGAGAGCUUGACUAAUGAAGUGAACACAUUAAAACAGCAAGUCAAAGAUUUUGAUGAUAAAUAUAAGCGAGCACUGGCCGACGGAGAGAAUGUCCGACGCCGAAUGAUGAAACAGGUAGAAGACGCCAAAUCCUUCGCUAUUCAGAGUUUCUGCAAGGAUUUACUUGAUGUAGCAGACACAUUAGCGGCAGCGGCUGAAAGCGUGCCAGAGAGUGAAGUGUCCGAGGGCGGUGGCACAGAGGGUGGAGCCUCCGCAGCCCUUCGCUCGCUACACGACGGUGUUAGGCUUACUAGAGCUCAACUCACUCAAGUUUUCGCGCGACACGGUUUGGUAGCAGUAUCGCCGUUAAGAGAGAAAUUCGACCCGAACCUGCAUGAAGCUUUGUUCCAACAAGAGGUGGAAGGCGCGGAGUCUGGCACGGUGGUGACGGUGAGCAAGCUCGGCUACAAGCUGCACGACCGGUGCGUGCGGCCCGCGCUCGUCGGCGUCGCGAAGUGAUCCCACCGCGUGAUACACUAACGGAGGGGUUCUUGGCUAAAAACAUUCUAAUAUCAAAAGUUAUAAAUAUUAAUGAUAGUAUGUUGUAUCAAUUCAAAUGUCUUCUUAAAAGUUAAUAAAGAGGAUGCCACAAUAUUUUUCAACUUGCAUAAUAUUUAUUAUAUAUAUUGAAGUAUGAGUUUAUUAAUUCAAUAGGUUAUAAUGUCAACACAAUGAGGGAAGCACUUUUUCAAAACCACUAUUAUCCAAUGUAUGUAUUUUCAUGUGCAAUAUCAAAGAUUGAAGCCAAUAACCCCUCUCAAAGAAUGUUAUGAAAAUACUAGUAGUUAGAUAGAUCACAAGGCCUAGUUUCUUGUACGUUCACACUGUGCAUCAUGUAGGGGUGUUGUGCAAUAAUUACAAAUAAAUAAAUACUGCAACUCAUAUGACGUUCCUGUCUAUGUAAGUACUUAUGAGAUAUGCAACUUGAUUUUAGGCUAUUUUGGAAAUAAAGUACUAAGUAUAUUGCACAAAUAUUGAUGCCCUUAGUGCAAACAGGUACUUUACUACUUUGUGACUUUAUGAGGUUUCCUUAUUUUCAAGGAUAUUCAAUGAUAACUUUUAUUUCAUCCUUACAUGAUAUAAAGUGUGAUGUCCUUUUAAUGAUUGAUUUAUAAAGAGACUUGAGAACAAUGAGAUUUCUUUCCCGAAUGAACAAUUAUUAUCGAAAAAUAAUAUAAAUAAAUGGCUUCUUUAUUAACGAAAACUUCGAAAUAGUUGUAGUUUAGAUAAUAAAUACUGGCAUAAUAUUUAAAUAAAUCUGUAAUGUACAUAAUCAUAAACUAACAGUCGUUUUUAAUAAACGAUCCGAAUCCCAGUCUUCAAUCCGACUCCAAAAACGAACCAAUCAAAAUAAAUCUUUUGUAAGCGUGUAAAAGAAAGCUUUGUUCUGAUUGGUCCAUUUUUGAGAUAGAUAGAAAAAACCAAUUGAGAUCGUUUAUUGAAAAUGGCGACACAAAUCCCAUGUUUUAUCCACAUAUUUACGUGAUUGCUCCUUAGAUGACAGACCUGCGUGAAUCUUUAUAUUGUGAUUGUGAUAAGCUUUACUUACAAAAAAUGGGAAAUAUUUCUACUUGUUCCAAUGCCAUUGUAUAAAAAUUCCAAUAAUGUAUAGUUUAGUUCACAAAAAGAAAACGAGAGUAUGUUUUUUUUUAUAUAUUUUGUGUAUCGGACUUGUGACGAAUAUUCGCAAUUUUGUCAAUUUGGCACAUUUUUUAGUAUUUUGGGCUAUGAAUUGUAUUUUCCAUUAAAUUUAAUAAGCGCAAAAAAUAUAAAUAAUAAAGUAAAAUGUGUCAAAUAUUGUGCGAGUGUUCGGCUUUUAUCAUCCAUAGUCGCAUAUUCGGUUUUCGACAAAAUUACGAGAGUUUUGUUACAAGUCCUUAGUGUUUUGUAUCGCAGUGUAUGUUUGUGCGGUGGUAGUUAUACAAAUAUUGUUGAA